CUCUCGUUGCCAUUCAUCAACAAUUGCAAUGGCUACAGCGGCGCAAUACAAGGACCGCCAGUUCCUCGCGGUCAUCGGUGAUGAGGACACGGUAACUGGCCUGCUACUCGCAGGUGUCGGUCACGUCACGCAGCCGCCGGACUCGCAGAAGAAUUUCCUCGUCGUAGACGCAAAGACGGAGAACUCAGCCAUCGAAGCUGCGUUCGAUAGGUUCACGACCGAGCGCAAGGAUAUCGCGAUCUUGCUCAUAAACCAACAUCUUGCCGAGAGGAUAAGACAUCGAGUCGAGACCUACACCGCCGCCUUCCCUUCCCUCCUUGAGAUACCGUCGAAGGACCACCCGUACGAUCCUGAUAAGGAUAGUGUGCUUAAGCGUGUGAGGAGGCUGUUUGGAGAGUAAAUUAUGGGAUUAGCAAAGACUCAUGCGAAGAGUGCGGUGUGAUGCCCGAAAGAUAUUAAGUUAACAUAUGCGAUUACAGAGAUAGCAAAAGAUACCAGUCACAAGCAAGCACUUAGUUGGCACAUAUCGUCCAUUCCGUCAUGAUUUCAUUGCUAUUGCGUCUUCCUCCGUAUGCUUCCAUGGAUUUGUAAAUAUGAAUGCCGAUGACAUCGAACAAAGAAGAACGCUGGGUAUCGAUUUCCAGCGCGAAAGAGAGAUUUGAAAUGCAGAAUAAAGCUUC